UGAGCAGAGUUGAAAUGUGGAGCUGAGGAAACAACAAACACCGGAGAGAAGAGAGAGUCGUGACAUUUGAGCUGAGCGCUGUUCAACGACAAGCAGAGAUGAGGAAACUUGUAUUUCUGCUCACUUUUGUUCUGUGCAUAAGUGGCACACUUCAGAGAAGGGGUAAACAGAGGACGAAAAGGCAGAACAGCUCUGCCUUCCUUAUGCCCAGAACAUUCAAUGGAGACCUCAUCACUGAGACAGUUGUCCAAAAUGGGACUCAGGCUGUCAAUUCAUCUCCUUCUCAUCCAGCUCUGAUGUUACGCAGCAACAGCACAGCAGGGUACCUCAACAGCGCUCUCAGCACCAGGGUCAUACCCAUUAUUUAUAUCCUGGUGCUUGUUGUCGGGAUCCCGGCCAACGCUGCCAUCUUGUGCACAUUGGCCUCUAAAAUCAGGAAGGUGUCCUCUGCCAUUCUGUACUGCAGCCUGGCUGUCUCCGACCUCUUCCUCCUGCUCUCCCUCUUCUUCAAGGCUCACUACCAUUUCUAUGGAAACCACUGGGUUCUCGGAGAAGCCGCCUGUCGAGUGGUCACGGCCUGUUUCUAUGGCAACCUCUACUGCUCGGCGCAGACGUUGGCCUGCAUCAGCAUCAAGCGCUACAUGGCUGUAGUGCACCCGUUCAAGUACAAAUCCCUGCCCAAGAGGAUGUGCACCGCCUGGGUCACGGUUGCCGUGUGGGCGGUGUUUGGAGCCGCCGUUGUCCCUGAACUCCUCGUCCAGCAGAGCUACUGGCUCCCUGAGCUGGGACGCUUCACCUGCCAUGACGUAUUGCCUCUGGACAAUGACUCCCAUACGUUCCUGCUCUACUACAACCUGAUCCUGACCAUCUUCGGCCUACUGCUGCCGCUGGUGAUCACUGUUGUGUGCUUCAUACGAAUCGUGUGUGAGCUCAACCAGUCACACAACGACUGGUCGUUAUACAUCAAGGCCAGCUCACUGGUGUUUGCCAUCUUCCUUCUGUGUUUUACCCCUGCUGGUGUCUUGCACUUCCUCCAUUACGUGCAGCUGUUUGUGGACAGAACAGAGACUCUGUACGUGUACUUUAACGUGGCGGUGUGUUUGUGUUGCCUCCAUGCCUGUCUAGACCCUUUCCUCUUUCUCUUGAUGUCCAAAUCUGCAGGCUCCAGCCGAUACUUCAGGGCCUUUAAAGGCAAGACCCUGAGCCUAUCUGUAUAAGAGACUUGCAAGGCCAAAAUCUGAUCAUCAUACAGAUUUUUUUUUAACAAUUUAGAGACUCAGAUUAACCUAACCUCAAUCUGCAUUUUCUAAGAUUAUGAAAGUUAAUCUAACACACAGGACAAAUAUUUCUUUGAAUAAUCAAUCUGGCAGUUAUUUGGAAAUCUGGUAGAGUCAGGGUUGGGUUUGGUUUGAAUCUAAGAACACAUGUGGGUCAAAUGAACGUUCCAACCGUCCGGGGAGGUUACCCUGGCUAGCCAGUUCAGUUUUACUUGCCAGGGUGUAGGUUGAAGUGGCGUAUGAUGAAAAUAACAGGAAUAUUCGUCAUAUUUUGCUUUUUUAUAAAAAAAACGGAACAAAUCGAAGAUAAUGACAAUGUUAAAUCUAAAUGUUGAAUUUAAAUCUAAAUUAUGGAACGUAAUUUGGAUUUAAGAUUGAACAUUCAGGUUUAGAAUUAUAAUUCAAGAUUUGGGUUUAUAUACGAUAUUAGUAUUUAGUUACUUUUUCACCUUAAAAUAAUAAGAAAUCACCACAUGGAAAGUUUUUAAUGCGCAUUAUUUCAAAUAAGUUUGGCUAAUGCAUUUUCUUUGUGUAUUUUCAUUUAUAUUUUGUAGUUGAACUGGGGGGAAAGGUUUUUUGGGGCUGGAAUCCAAAAAUAAAGUAAAAGGACCUCCACUGCAUCUUGUAAACGAAAGCUGGACUUGAAUCUUGUGACAUCAUUUAGAUAACUUCUUCUUGUACUUAGACUAGUAUAGUUUUGUAUCUGCUUGUCUGUGACAGAGGGAAUGAGCAGACAAAUUCUAAAUAUGCUAUAAAAGAUCAAAUAUAUAAAUGUUUUAAUAACACAUAACAGUUAAUGUUUUAGGCCUAUUGCUUUUCCCUCAGUAGACAUUCGAGAAAAGUUACACAAAAAUAACUUGAUCCUCAUGUUUACAAUCCCCAUUUACAAUAAGCUUGAAAUAUGUUACUUACCAUAAACAAUGUGAAACAGGCUGACUUUAGGAAAUAAGUCUCCCAAACGUUUGUGUUUUCCUGUAAUCAUAUAUACAAUGUUGUCCGUUCAAUAAAAUUGAAACUAUCUCCAA